UCAUAAUGGCCAAGUCUACUGUAAAACAAUUUCCUAUUCAUAGGGGAGAAGAAUUAUGAAAUAUCUGUCAUGAAAGUAAAAAAAAAAAAAAAACUUGAAUGAAUGGUAGAACAUAGUUUUUCAGUAUUUAGAGUUUAGUGACUAUUUGUCCGUUCUAUGUUACUUCGAUGGAAUAUUGCAUCGCUAUCUGUAGAAUGCUCUGAUGUUACUGCCUUCUGCUGGAGCGGCACUACCCGUGCUGUGAUGGCGAGGAAACCCCGUUGACAAGGCACUGCUUUUUCAUGACGGAAAUAAAAGGUGGUGGUUAAUGAAUGAUUCCAUGCUCGCUGUCAGAAAGCUGUGUCAUGGAUGAUGAGGACGAUCGCCGUCUUCUGGAUAUUAUAGGGGAUGUGCAGGCGUUGAAUGACUACCUCCACGGCUCCACCAACAAGUCUAUUGAGGAGGAUGACGUAACGAACGCAGCUUACGGCUCUGCCGGAACCUUCUUUACCAGUAACACUGCUGGCUCUAACUCCGGCCUCAAAGAUGAAGAGUUUGAGGAUUCAGCGGGGGUGGGCCUCCAGCUUUCCAGUAGCCUAUCGUUCAUUGAGGAUGAGCUGGGGGGAGAAGCUUCUCCAGGAGGAAUGGAUCUUGGCGGAGGAGAGGACCAGCCCUUUGACAUCCUGCAGAAGUCUCUCAUGGAGGCAGACAUCACUGAACAGACUCUGGAACAGGAGGCCAUGCUAGACUCCCAACCACCUCCCCCUCCUCUCCCCUCGGCCCCCUCCCCAUUCCCCCCCCAGCUGGUCUCGGGGGGGUACGGCAGCGGGGUCACCACAUCGACAGCAGCGUUUCCCAGUGGUCAGUUCCUCCAGGGCGUGUCCCAGCUGCCUAACGGCCAGGCAGGGGGGCACAUCCAGGUGUUGGGGUCCUUUGGCGGGGGAGGGGUCCAACAGAUCCUCCUCCGGCAGGGUGGUGGGGUAGGGGGGGCGGUGGGGGGAGUAGCAGCAGGGGGGCAGGUGUUUGCUACCCCCUCCCCAGUGGGCCAGGUGAACCAGGUGGGCUUGCCCUUUAAGAACAUCCCCCUGCAGAAUAUCAUCAUCCAGAGAGGACCUGGGGGCGCCCAGGCCCUGGUCAGACCUAUCCAGCCCAAACCCCUUCAAGCUGGGGCUCAGACAGUCUAUAGCCUGGGACUCCAGACCACAACCACCACCAUGGUUAACACCGCGGCCCAGGGACACUACACAGCUAACGGCUCCAUCCUGGUCCACUCUCCCUUGGGGCAGCAGAACCAGGGACAGCAAGGCCAGGCCAACCUGCCCCCAGGGCAGUACCUGGUCCACCACAAUGGCCCCUCAGACCCAUCCCAAUCAACCCUGCUAGCCAAUCAGAACACAGUACAGCUCGUCGCCGGGCAGAACUUCACGGCGACGGCGGGAAGUCAGCUAAUCCAGGUGGGAGGCAGCCAGGUGGGAGUAGGAGGAGCCAUGACCCAAACAUGGCAGAGCUUUCCUGGUACUAACCCUGCCCCCGUCCAGGCGGCAUCAAACCAGGGGCGUCUGACGCUGGUUGGAACGGCGACUGGGGUACGAGGGCAGGUGUCGGGCAGCCCAGUGCAGCGCCUCGUACUGUCUCAGACUCAGAACAGCAGCUCCCUCUCCCCCCUGUCUCUCUCUGGUACUGGUCCUGCCACACAGGAACAGGACUACACACAGGAAAAGCAGGCUCAGACACAGCUCGUCAACCUCCUUGGAAACAAAGCUGUGAAAACAAUGACCUACAUCAGCCAAGACGCCCCGCUAAACACACAGGUCAGCGCUCAGAAGAGGCCGGCCUCUCAGCAGCUCACCAGAGGAGGAAUGAUGCUACAGCAGUUGAGGAUGGAUCAUUCGGGGGUUCUGUCACCUGACAUCGCCCGCUUCACCUCAUUGGAUGACGCACUUAACAGACUCCUCCCCUACCACGUGUUCCAUGGAGCUCCGCCCAACAGGGAAGAGUUUUCCCAAGUGGAUGAUGAGUUUGAGUCAAUGGCGACUCAGGUAUUGAAGAGGACCCAGGUCAUGAUCAACAAAUACAGACGACUGCUGAUGGUGGAGGCUGAGCGCUCUAGUCCCUCCUCAGAGAUGGUGAUGAUUGACAGGACCUUCAACCAAGAGGAGCGCCAGAACCUGACACAAGACAAACGUAUGAUACUGGUGGACCCAGAUGGCUUCUUGGAAGAUUUCUGUUGUGCAGUGAAGCCGUCUCCCCUCUCUCUCCCCUGCCUCCCCUUGGACCCUCUCUCCUCCCCCUCGUCCAGCCACAGCGGUAGACAGACAGGGAGGGGGGCGACCACAGACCCCCCUUACAGGACAGACCCCCAGUCGGGCUAUGGAGACCCGGGGGGAGGUGGGGGAGGAGGGAGAGGAGUAAUAGACUCUUUUAAGAGUAUCAUGGACCUGAGGAGGACUCAACAUAGCAACUAUGGAAACAAAGCUGCCUCUAGCAACAACAGCAACUAUCACCACGGCAAUGUGGUUACUACUGCCACAGCGGCGAUGUCAACAGAGCCGGUACAGACUCAGUACCUGUCUCACCUGUCCUCCUCUCACCCCCAGGCCCCCCUGCCCCUCCCUCCCCCCCUGCCCCUCCCUCCCACCCUGCCCGACACAGACUCGGUUCUAGAGGCAGCUGUGAACAGCAUUCUAGAAUGUUAGACAGACAGAUUUGACAGAUGGACGUGCCACCAUUCUAUCUCCAUCUCUCUCAUCCUCCCAUCCUUUGCCCCGCCGGGUCAUUCUUGGGGCUACACGUUUGUUAUUGUUUAUUUUCUUAUUUUGCUCUCCCAUUGUCAGUCCUUUUCAACCAGCUCUGAGUUAGUCAUAGAAAUAUAAUCUAGAUUAUUUUUCUAUGGUUACAGUACUAUGGUUAAUGUAGGACAGCCAGGGGUCAUGACCUCUGUUACAUCAUGUCCUGUUGGGUGUGAGCCGGAAGAAGAUAUCAACCCCCUGAACCCCAACUUUAGCCACGUGCAAUUAUGCUGAAAGUUUAGGGAGGAGGCAGAUGAUGAUGAUGAUGAUGAUGAUGAUGAUGAUUCUGUGCCUGAGAAAUUCUAUGUUGUCCUUCAAAUGUUUACAUGAAGAAGCCUUGUAAGAAAUGUCCUUUAAUUUUUGCACCUGACAUUACACACCUUCACACACUGAGUAUACCAAACAUUAGGAACACCCUCCUUUUUCUCAUGAUAACAGCCUCAAUUCGUCGGGGAAUGACUCUAUAAGGUGUUGAAAGCGUUCCACAGGGAUGCUGGCCCAUGUUGACUCUAAUGCUUCCUUUUCCCACAGUUGUGUCAAGUUGACUGGAUGUCCUUUGGGUGGUGGAACAUUGUUGAUACACACGGGAAACUGUUGAGCGUGAAAAAUCCAGUAGCAUUGCAGUUGUUGGACAGAAAUCGGUGUGCCUGGCACCUACUACCAUACCUCAUUCAAAGGCACUUACAUUUUUGGUCUUGCCCAUUUUACUUCUGAAUGGCAAACAUACACAAUUCAUGUCUCAAUUGUCUCAAGGCUUAAAAAUACUUCUCCUCCCCUUCAUCUACACUGAUUUGAAGUGGAUUUAACAAGUAACAUAAUUAAGGGAUCAUAGCUUUCACCUGGUCAGUCUUAUGUAAUGGAAAGAGCAGGUGUUCUUAAUGUUUUGUAUACUCAGUGUAUAAUACCAUAGUCAUUUGAUGGAUUUGACAACUAGAAGAAAUAUAUUGUUAUUUUUCUGUUCUAUACUUCAGUUUUCAUAGUCAAGCCAGAGAGACUCACUCACACUCUGAGUGUCUAACUACUAAAGCAGCUUUUGGUUUUCUGUCAGUUUUUGAAAUGUAUCUUAUUUGACAUUUUUCUUAUGUACCUUAAAGGUAUGUGAUGCCCCUCUGCGCGCACACACACACACACACACACACACACACGUUUUGUUCUUCUAUCCUCGUGGGGACCUAAAAUUAAUUUCCAUUCAAAAUCCUAUUUUACCUAACCUUAACCCCUAAACACUUGUUGUGUUCGGUUCAGCACUUAUGACAAAUAAAGUUUGAUUUCAACUAAUAACCCCUAAACCUAAUUCUAACCAUAAUUGUAACCAUAACCCUAAACCUAACCCCUAAGCUUAAAAUAGCCUUUGUCCUCAUGUACCCACUAGGGAGAAUUUUUCCUUUUUUUUUACCAUCCUUGUGGGGACUUUUGGGGAUUUUAGGUCCCCACAAGGAUAGAAAAACCAACCCACACAUCAAGCACACACAUUUUGUUCUAUCUUCAUGGGGACCUAAAAUUAAUUUCCAUUCCAAAUCUUAUUUUUCCUGACCUUAACCUGUAACCCAAACCCUAAAACUAACCCCGUACCCUAACCCUAAUUGUAAGCAUAACCCUAAACCUAACCUCUAAGCUUAAAAUAGCAUUUGUUCUCAUGGGGAUGUGGGAAAUGUCCCCACGAGGGAGAAUUUUCCUUGUUUUACUAUCCUUGUCCCCACAAGUAUAGAAGAACCAAGACACACACACACACACACACACACACACACAAGUGUAUUGGUGUUGGGGGGAGCUAACUCCUCAGAUUGAGGGAGAAAUGUUACGACAUGUUCAUCUUUUUUUAUUUAGAUUAGAUUUAGUUAAUUUUUAGAAAUGAAACAUCACUAUUAUUUGUGUUGUUAGUGAUGUGUGUCCCAGCGACGUCAACACGCAACCAUGGCAAUGUCUUACUGUCAUGUGAUACAAUGACCCUGGAAGGUCAUGGAUUGUAUAUGUAUGUCCACUCUCUGUCUACGUGUGCCGGUGUGUUCGUAUGUUUGUUGUGUGUGUGCGUGUGUUCACUCACCCCGGAUGAAUGUUACUCGUUCCCUAGCACACUUAGUCUCCCCUCCUCCACUCUAUCCUUCUCUCCCUCCCCACAGCUAAGAGAUGAGAGACAAGUGUAUGUAAACUAUGCUUUUAAACUGACUGAAGGAACAGACUGAAGGCCUUAGAAAGAAGGAGAACACGUCUCUGCUUGUUUGUCAGUUUGUCUUGUGUCUGAGUGAGUAAGGGAUUGAAUGGUCGUGUUCUCCUGCUCAAACGUUGCAUACAACAACCAAUGGUUGUGUGCCACGUCAUUGACUGUGCCGUGACGUCGGGCACCAGAUUGCUAGAACAUAUGUGGCACGCCUAUCCAGGCAUUGUAAGGUUUUCAUGUGCCAGCAGUGUCUGAGCAGAGGAACACAAACCACUGGGUGUGGCCUUCUCAGCCCUGGUCCUGAGGACCCCUGUGUCUGCUGGUCGACACUCAAAUGACACACUAUUCCCCAUAUAUUUUUACCCAGAGCCUAUGUGACUCAAAAGUAGUGGACUAUAUGGGAAACGGGAAGUAAUUUCACACAGGAGUGUCUUGAGGGGUUGAGAUACUAGGCUAUGCCCUUUCCGCCAAGGAGAGCAAUACAUUUCUACUUUCUUGACCCGUUUUCACUGUUGACUUUCUUUUGGUCUGUCUCACUAUCUACAUGAUUUGUAUAGGGGUUUUUUGGUAUAAAAAAUGAAAACGUGAAACACAAAAUAUUUAUAAUUUUUUGUAAGGAACACCCCAGAGGAAAAACACGAGAAAAAUGAAGUUCUUUUUUAUUCUGUUGGCUUUGAAGUGUUACAAGAGAAAUUGUUACAAAAUACUGUCAGUUGUUCAUUUCUAGUUUGUGUGUUUACUACAACAGCAAAAAUAGGUCAAUAAUAAAUUCAUUUUGAAUACAAUCAUAAA